GGAUUUCCAGACAAAAGUUGAACAAGCAAGCGAAGCAGGGGAAGUUUUCUCAAAGUUGUUUUAUGAAAGCUUUGAUAAGAAGCGACAUGGUUUCCAUGGAGACGUUUAACUGUUGCUAUGGUGCUUGACAACUGUAAACUGAGUCAACACAAUGUUAUGUGCAGUACAUCUGAUGGUGUGAGAUGAACCUUAACUUUCAAAUGCAGUUAGAAGGAAAAACUGUAAAACUUUCUUAAUUGGUAAUUUCUGUGAAAAGCUAUCUUUUACUGAAAUUUGAAUUUUUAAAAAAAUGGCAGAAAACAGACAUGUUCCCGUGGAAGAUGGAGAGAUUUCUAGUAAGUGUCCUUACACUGGCAUUGGCCUGGAGGACACAAACGACUCUGGCAGCUUUGAUAUAAAAAACCACAUCCUCCAAAUGACUAUGACAAUGAAUGUGAAGUCUCCAGACACGCGAGAGUACUACCAGGCUGUCCUGGAGAAAGACAUUGAUGUGAUUGAGUCUUUGUUAGAGCAGAAAAAGGUGGAUGUGAAUCACAUCUUCAUAGGGACAGGGAUGUCUAUCCAGCCCUGGCACCUAGGCUGUCGAGCCAUACACAUCCUGUCUGAGCAACACAAGGAGGAAAAGUCCAAGAGUAUUGCAAUUCUGCAGCUUCUGUUGAAGUACAGAGCAGAUGUGAUGCAGAGAAACAAGCUUGGAGAUCUGGCCAUACAUUUGGCUUGUAAGUCUGGUAACUACCAUGCUGUCAGACUUUUCCUGGAAUACAAUUCGGAUUGUAAAGACAUCAAGAACAACCAUGGCAUAACUCCCCUGAUCAAGGUUCUGUUCCAUUUCCGCCACCAGUACAAGAAAAGUUAUGUAAAGGUAGUCAACCUGCUGGUCAAUGCUGGCUGUGAUGUCAAUCUGAGUCCCGACUCAGGAAUCAGUCCACUGCAUGUUUCAGUGAUAAAGGAUAAAGAUCUUACAGAGAUUCUUGUGAAAGCUGGAGCCAAUGUGAAUGCCAUAUGUAAAGAAGGCAACAGCCCUUUACUGCGUGUCAUGUGUCAGAAUCAGAUACGCCAUGACACUGUUGAGACAUUAUUGAAGGCUGGAGCUGACACUAAGGUUUCCACAUCACCUGGGCGCACUCCACUUCACAUUGCUGUAUCAAAAAGUGACGACCUGAGUGUACAGCACCUGUUAAAGUAUGGAGCUGACCCCAACGCAAUGGACAUGUACCACACCACCCCACUAUGGCUCGCUGUCACUGAACACAACAUGAAAAUUCUCCCCAUGCUGGUUGCAAAUGGUGGUGACAUGAACCUGCGUACAGAAUCCAAACUGUCGCUUCUCACUGUGGCAGUCUCCAAUAGUGACACAGAAAUGACCCGUUUACUGCUGAAGCUAGGUGCUAAGGUGACCCUUGACCUCAUCCUCCGCGAGAAUCCACUGUUCCACGCAGUCAAAAAUUGUUCACUGCCAUUGGUCAAGAUUUUACUUCAGGAGAACUGCCCAAUGGACUACCCACCAUACUGCAGCCCUUUGGUGACUGCCCAGAUGGUCAAGGAUCUAGACACCCUAAGUGUCAUGGUGAAAGCUGGAGCAAAGUUUAACUUUCACAACCUUCUCAGCAUUGGUAAGGCAUUGGAUGAGGCUAAGUUUGGGGAACUGUUCACCAGCCAUGUACAGAAUGUGCCGUCAUUACGCCAUGUGUCGUGUGUAAGGAUCCGUAAAAUACUAGGACUCGAUAUAAAAUACAAAGUGCAAGAACUAGUGAGAGAAAAUCAUUUACCUCAAAGCCUAGUACCUCACUUACUGUUGAGUACCACUCUCCAACUCUAAGUCACUUGUUACCAUUCUUAUUGAAAUUUUAUAGUUACUCAUACAUAACAUAUAUAAACUUGUUUAUGAAGCUCAAUUAUAAAUGUAUUUCAAAACAUGUAAGGAAUCAAUUCUUAAUCAAAUAUAUAUACUGUCACAUUUAUUCUUCAUUAUAACAGGAAAAGGGUAUGAUUUUACAUUUGUACAAGUAGUAAGCUUUUUCGCUUACAUUAGUCAUUUUAAGUUUAUAAUGUCAUUUGCAUUGCAUUUAGUGACUGUUGUGAGUAUUGAAAUGUUUUGUCUGUAGGCUGGAAGGAGGGGAAUAUUUAACUACCUUGUAUUCUGUGAAAAUAUAUAGUCAUUUAUAAUUACAGAAUAUAAAGCUAACAUUCAGUUUAUUUUAAAUUCACUUGUCUUUUCAAUAGCUGUGAGAACUAAUUGAUUGUUAUUAUAUUAUGAAUUUUAAUUGAUUUUGUCGUUUUGAUUUUAUGUCAAACCAAACAGAUGAUGGUGAAAAUAUCAGAGGUCUCUUUUACCUACACAGAGUUCAUGUAUGAACGUAUUAAAUCGUUUUUUAAAAACAGUAUAAAUUAUGAAUUAUGAACUAGAUAUUUCGCCUUCAGUACAUCAGUUUUAUUGAUACUUAUGAAAUGUUAAAUAAAUUAGAUUUAUAUACAUUGUACCGGUUAUUUUUAGUUACAGUAGAUUAUUAAAACCUUUUACCAAUAUUUGUUGAGUUAUAGACUAUUACAAUGUAUGACUUUAGCAGCAGUUAUUACAUCAACUAUGAUAAAAUGUAUAAAUACAAUCAGUCACCGUAUGGAGGUGACAUUGUACUGUACUUGCCAAGUCACCUGUAUUUGCCCAGGUCAGCCAGCAAAUGACCACUAUGACCCGCACAGAUUGUAGCACACUUAACUCUUAUGAAUUAAUGUACUGCUUACAAUGUAUCUGAAAUUUUAAAGUGUUUCAGAAACACCUUUUGGAAGCUAAGAUACACUCAGAAAAGACAUACUAGUAUACUUAAUUUAUUGAAAUGCAAUUUAAAGUAGUUUUAAUGCCAUUAUAUCGUAUUUUGAUGACUUUGAAAAAUUUGCAUUCUAAUAUGACAAGCAAUUUUCAGGCUUGUCGUGCAUUUUGACCAUCUAUGCCUCAUUUCAUUGUUGAGAACUUGGCAGUACGUGUACACAUAACUGCCUAUUGUCUUGCCAGGGAUAUAUCAGCUUCAGAUUUUGUCAAGAUGUAUUUUACACAUCUCAUGGUUUAUGUUUAUCAGUAGUAGUGUUGUUCACGAACUUGUUGUUCAUACAAUAGAUUUUUUAAGAUUUUUGAGGAAUUAUAUGUAAUUAACGUAAGACAGUACAUGAAAGUGCAUCCUUGGUCGUCCAGGGGUUGCGCUCACUAUAACUAGUACGCUAAGUGAGCAUAACCCCUGGCCAUGGAGUAUUGAUGAUGAAAGUGUGACUGAGUGGAUUAAUCUGACGAAAGGUUGUAAUGGUGCUUCUCAAGCUUGUGAUAUUUUAGAUAUGUAAGAAGAAGCUGGUACUGACGUCUUGGAUCGCCUCCCAUUUCCUUGACAUGUGAAAGUAAUAUCCAAAUGUCAACAGUGUUAUAUUUUAUUACACAAUGCAUGCACAUUCUGUUGUAAUAUGUGUCAUGUUCGUUAUCAAUAUCAGGAUACAACUGAUACAGAAGACUUAGCCUGUUGCUCAAUCCUAUUCAUAUAUACCAUCAUGAAUAAAAUUAGUUGAAUUGAAAUUCUUAAAUCCAUUUUUGGGGAACUUCUGUGUCUUGGAAAAGCAUCCAUUUCCAAUAUGUAACAAACUGAAUAAUAAUUUUAUAUGCAACAGCCAAUAUGGUCUUUUGUAAAGACAUGACAUUACAGGUUUAGUAAUACAUUUUACCAACACAGCUAUGAGCUUCCACUGUGUUAAGUACAUGUGCUAAUGUGGCUGUUAAUAGCUUUGAAUUAAGGGAGGAGGGGGGAGAUAUAUAUAUGCAUUAGUACAGGGUUGAAAUGAAAAUUUGAAACUUGUUAUUGCACUCAUAUUGGUCUGUUUUUGGAGACUGAUUUGUUCCGUAAUUGCAUGAUAAAAAUGUUCACAUUCCUGUAGAAUUAGUGGCUUGUGAAUUCAAGACAUCAUGAAUUUGAUCAUACCUUUGUAUAUGUGAUGCUCCUAUGAAUAUAGCACUGUUACAAUUUAGAUAGUCUUGGUCAGAUGUGCACGUCAUCAUAAUGUAAGUUUCCAAAUGAAAAUAUAAAACCUGUUCAUUCAGUAAUUUUUAAUUUAAAAUUGUAUAAUUACCAAAGAAGGGAGUCCCUAAAUGAAAACCACUGCCCAGUGUGGUAAAAAGUAUCUCUCUGGGCCUCUUUUAAUACAAUCAUUCGAUCAGUCCAUUUCCGAAUCCAAGGGUUCUGCUCUAAUUAUCAUAGAUUAUUUAAGAUAUCAACUCUAAAUUUUCUUGUGACAAUCAAAAUCCCUGCAAGUGCCACCUUGUAGAUGAUAUAAGUUGACUAGGCUGGAAGCUGUUGCAGAAUCCUGUGAUCUAGGAGUAAAGUAAAAGUGAAUAUUUGGCAACACAGUGGUAGAAUUGAAUGACUUUGAUCUCAGAGAAGUAGUUCUUAUAUAAUCUUCAAAGUACCAAUGUCUAUUAAACUUGCAAUGGAUUAGUUUAUGAUGUCUGCAACCAAACAAAUCCCUAACCAUGAGCCUUUCAUUUUGUAAUGCUGUCAAUGAACUGUUUUUAGAGGGCAAUCACUGGCUAUAUAUAUAUAUGAUUGUGAGAAAAUUGUAUUAAGAGGUCAUUCUUUUAUCAGUUGGCAUAAUAUUGCCUGUACUUGUCAUAUGAAAGCAGUUCAUUACAGUAUGGGUAUGCUAUUUGGUGGAUUUUGUAAUUUGUUAUAUGGUUAUGCCUAUUUUGCAAUAUAUCUGUGAUAUUAUUGAUUUGUUUUUAGACUGUGCAAAUUGAAAGUAGCCUUUUAGACAUUAAAUGACCCAAAUUUAUGAAAUUCAACAUGUCAGCUAUGCCAGCCAUUUCACAUGUGCAAUGAAUUAGCUUUCUAUCCACAAUUUUAAUUUCAAAGUUCUAUCUGAGUUUAUCAGGAAAGGUCAAUGAUCUAUAGUAACCAGGUAUUAGUUUUGUUGUCUAAAUUACCACAUUCCAAGAUGGCUGACAUAGGAUCCAAAUUUAUAAACAUUAGUUUUUCCUCAGGAUCUGUUUGUGUUUAGCGAAUACUUUGUAGAAAUAGACUGGAAUCAUAGCCAACCAAAUGUUGUUACAUUAUUUUUACAGGUUAAUACAUGCACCAAGUUUAAUAUUGAGGCCAUCGUAAAAGAAGUUACACAAAAAAUUUUCUGUCGACAAUUAACAUUUCAAACUUCCCAAAUUGUACUACUGGGUACCUACAGUACACGUAGGUAGUCGGAUCUUCUUUUUUUUGUGUUUUAUCCAUUUAUAUGCUCAAUUACCUCUUCGGAGGAGCUGAUAGAGCUUAACAAAUUUAUUAAUGAAGCAUCCAUGGGACUGAGGAAUCAAAUGUAUAAAAGAGCGUGAUGGGCUGGGCCUACUCAAGAGAAGUUUCAGGAUCACUGUUCCACUACAAAAACGGUUGCUCAGUAUUGGAAACUGUUUAUAUUAGAGCAUGACUAAAUCUUUGAUAAAUCAUUUCUGAAAAGAAAACCAUACUUUGCCUAAUAUAAUCAACAAGUGUUCUGAGAGUAGAUAUCCAGCGGGUCUAGACCGGGAUUUGAACGCUGAACUCCAGACCAUUGCUCUAACCUAUUGAGAUACCUGGUCAACAGAACUGUCCUGGCCCAACUGUACAUGUGCUACAGUUAUAUCUAAAUAGAAAUGAGGUAACUGUUUAUAGAGACAACCACAGUACAGUGGAACAGGGAUCCUUGAGGUUGGCAAUGUGUUUCAAAAUCUGAAUGCAGACUUUUAGUUGUUUUUUCGGUCUAAUUAAAAAUGGCACCAGUCAGGUGACCUUUAACGCCAAUAGGCCUCUUUACUUGUUAUGCUAUGUAAAUGUCUUAUUUACCUGGAGGUUGUGAAGUGUUGUUAUUUAGUAAUUAGUGCAAAUGUAUUGUUUAUGAUUCAUGAGUGAUUUACUUGAAUUGUCAGCUCUAGGGCAAAUAAUUUUACAUGUACGUAGAAUGUUUUACUUUGAACUCUCCUGUAUUAUAAGUAAACAACAUUGCUACACCUUUGAAAUUGUUGUUGUGCUUAAUUUUAUGUAACUUGCUCAAAGUUACGGAUGACAAAAUUUUGUAUACAUUCACCACGAGGGCCAUUAUCUUACCUUUGCCUUUAUGACCAGGGUGUCAACAAUUUUGGUUAUCUACUAUAAGUAACUAUAUAUAUAAUUCAUAUAGAUAAUGUACAUUCAUACAUUCAUAGAUGGACAAUCUUUGACUUCACACAAAGGUGUACCGUUACUAUACAUCUGAUGAUCUAAUGCAUUUAAAGCGUUAGUAAAAAAUGUAAUGCCCUCUUUUAAAAUGUAAUGCCCUCUUUUAUCAUUUUUAUAUGAUUUACUUGCAUUUAAUCAAGUAUGACAUAGUAGAAAUAUCGGUAAUACUGCACUGCUGAAAAUAGCAUCAACUCUGGCCUACAUGAUUGCUUUGUUCUAUGUUGGCUGUGUUUUGUCAGUAAAGCAUUAAUUACACAAGUGAAUUCAAACAAAUUUGUGAUCAUGAUUUCAAGUGUUAUCAACUAUUGGUUAAAAAAACUAACAAUCUUUCAAUAAAAUUAUUUUCAAAAACUUUC